AUGGCCGCCGGACGUGUGUAGUCGGUGGGGUCUUUCUAGGUUGUUAUACAACUCAAAUGUUAAGUUUUAAGGGAUAUUGAGGAUAUAAUUAGAAACGUUGUAUGAGUAGAAUUCGUAGUAGAGACGAAAUGUCCUCAAGUUCGUCUCAGGAAGCAUCACCUCUGCACAAAAGUCGAAAGGUCGAUAAAGACAAUAAGGAGCAAGACGAAGCAGGGGCUCCAAGCCUCAAAAUCAUCUAUGAACUGUUACUGGACAUGAAAAGCGAUAUGUCAAAAAUAAGAGAAGAAAACUCCUAUCUUAAAGAAGGCUUUGAAGAGUUAAAGAAAACAGCAGAGUGGCAUGACAAAGAUAUUGAAGCACUUAAGGCAGAGAACGUUAUUUUAAGAAGCGARGUAAAGGACCAAGGCGAGUCAAUUAAAAGUCAAUCAAAUCAAAUCAGUGCACUAGAGCAAGCCCUAGAUGAUCUGGAACAGUACACGCGUAAAUUCAACCUAGAAAUUCAUGGAAUACCGGAGAAGAAAAACGAAGAUCUUGAUAUUAUAGUGGAAGACCUAGCUAAGGCUAUCGGCGUGGAGAGCUUUGAAUAUGGCGAUAUCGACAUAGUACACCGCCUGGAAUCUAAAUUUAAACCAAGACCUGUUAUUGUCAGAUUCCAGAAUUACGACGACAAA